GUUUGAAUACCUUCUAAGUAUGGAUCGAAAUUGAAAUUCGUUACUAAUGUCAACACAAGACGUUUGGCGCACGCAACGAAAGGCGGCCUUACUCCGUCACCAAUAUUAAUAAGCAUUUCACCACAAAAGCUUUGAAGUAUAGUUGGAUUCUUCCUAGGGAACUUUGGGUCUUGUCUUUGCUAACCAGUGUCUGUGUCGGUCAGUAAAACCGUGUUAUGUAAUGCGCGAUCUUUCAAAUGCGGAAAUACAGAGUAUAGUCAAGCUCCAAGCUCAUAUUCGAGGUAUUCUGGCUCGCACAAGGUUCAAGAAAGCUUUACAAAUUUUUCGAAAUAUAGUAUCGGAAUGUGGUGAAUCCGAAGAUAAUUUAAGUCAGUUCCAAUACACGUUUAAUCAUUUUGGGAAGAACAGAACAUGUUCAGUCAACAGCACCAAUACUUCUGAGAAGUUAAAACUUCCUGAUCUGUACGCUCUCAGAAACAAUCUUUUCCUCGAAGCUAUAUGGUUGGAUCAGGCUAUCAACAGUCGUCGUCAUUUUCUGAUGUAUAAACAAGACUUUAAUGCACAUUUCGAUCAAUGAGUAUGUAGUGUAAUAUAAUACAACUUAUUUGCUCAUCAACUUCAUACUGAUUUAUAUAUCUCGUAUUUCGAAUGGCACGUUAUGGUUUCACUGAUCGUUUUCAGUCAGUUUAAUGUGCUGCCACCUCAUUUUCCCAAAUUCAAGUUCAAGGAUCUGGGUCUGGAACUUAGUAGUCAACAGCUGAGUGUUAAGUAAACCGUAACACCACAAUAUGUCAUGUGCUUAAUCUUCAUGUUUCCAAUUAUUCUACCGCUGGUGAACAAAAC